AUGAGCUUCUGUCAUGUCCUGCCCUUCUUCUUUGCCACUCAUGAGAUCAACCAGAAUCCAAAGCUGCUACCCAACAUCACCCUGGGCUACAGCAUCUAUGAGAACUUUUUCAAUGCAAGAAUAACAUAUGAGGUCAUGAUGGACUUGCUGUCUACAGGGCAAGAGAAUGUCCCAAACUACAGUUGUGGAAGACAAAAUAAUCUUCUGGCUGUGCUUGAAGGGACUGAUUCGGAUUUCUUUACUUCCAUUUCAACUAUGCUGGGCAUCUACAAAAUUCCACAAGUCACAUUAAUACUAGCAGUGCUAAUACGAGACAUUGAAAAGAAAAAAAUCCUGUUUGAGGAAAAAGUAUGGAUUGCUACAGCUUUGUCAGAUUUAAAUAAAGUUUGGAAGAGAUGUCUGGAAAAAGAGACUUGGGAAAUCCCAUCCCGGGAUCUGGUUGGAAGAAUACUGUCUGAGGAUGGCUCCAGCAUUUCCACAACAAUCCAGGUUGUGGCCUGGGUCCUCAGUGCUGCCUUUUCCUCCCAAAUGAGUAAGAGGAGGAUGCCUGUUGUGGACCACCAGACACUCCAGAAGCUCCAUCCAUUUCUAAGAAACUUCCAGAAUUACAAUUUUUCUGUAAAUGACGUUUAUUUGAAUGAGUAUGGAAUUCCCACUGCUGACUUUAAUAUCAUGGACUGGGCAAUAUUUCCCAACAAAUCUGCUGCUGGGGUGAUAAUUGGGAAUGUUGAAAAAGAAGUCUCUUCAGACAUCGAGAUCUCUGUGGAUGAGAGCGCCAUCAUAUGGCCAACAUCUUUUAACCAGAAGGCCCCCUUUUCUAGGUGUACGGAAAGUUGCCUCCCAGGACAUACCAAGCUGAUGAGAGAGGGAGAACCAGUUUGCUGCUAUGACUGUUCUCCAUGUAUGGAAGGAACCAUCUCUGUGCAGGAAGAUGUAGCCCAAUGUGCAAAAUGUCCAGAUGACCAUUUCUCCAACGAGAAGCGGGAUCAGUGUGUUGCCAAAAUUAUAACUUUCCUGUCCUACAAAGAAAACUUAGGUUUCAUCCUGGCUGUCUCUGCCCUUUUUUUGUCUCUUACCACAGCCUUAAUUCUAGGAAUUUUUAUUAAAUAUCGAGAAACUCCCAUAGUCAAAGCUAACAACCGUGAUCUCACCUACAUUCUGCUGAUCUUUCUCCUGCUUUCCUUCUUGACUUCCCUUCUAUUCAUUGGCCAACCUAAGAAAGUGACAUGCCUUCUUCGACAAACUGCCUUCAGUGUUGUUUUCUCAGUUGCUGUGUCAUCCUUGCUGGCCAAGACUACCAUGGUUGUGAUGGCAUUUCUGGCCACAAAGCCAGGAAGCAAAAUUAGGAAAUGGCUUGGGAAAUCUUUGGCCAAUUUCAUCAUCUUCUCCUGCUCUGGUGUUCAGGUGGGCAUCUGUUUCAUAUGGCUGGGAAUCUUUCCCCCAUUCCCAGAUUCUGACUUAUAUUCCCAAAAAGGGCAGAUCCUACUGCAGUGCAAUGAAGGUUCAGUCAUCAUGUUCUAUUCUGCCCUUGGCUACUUGGGCUUUCUGGCUUCCAUCUGUUUCUUGGUGGCUUUUCUAGCCCGGAAAUUACCAGGGGGCUUCAACGAAGCCAAGUGGAUCACCUUCAGCAUGCUGCUCUUCUGCAGUGUUUGGGUUUCUUUUGUCCCCGCCUACCUGAGCACCAAAGGAAAAUACAUGGUGGCUGUGCAGAUCUUCUCCAUCCUGACCUCCAGCCUCGGCUUACUCGGCUGCAUCUUUGUCCCCAAAUGUUAUAUCAUCAUUCUGAGACCUGACAUGAAUGCGAAGGAGCAUCUAAUGAUGAAAAACAAUGAGUGA